AUGAUCAAGAAAGCAUGUCUAUGGCCCGGCCCAUUUGCCCUGAUCGCGAUCCUACCCGUUUUCCUACUCACCAACCGGAUACGGGCCGACCCGAGAACCCAAACCGUUCUCUUCACGUGCGGGACCCAACCGGAGGACAACCAGACCGCCUUCGUUCCCAAUUUCGUGGCCGCCAUGGAAAACAUAAGCACCCAAGUCCGGGCCUCGGGCUUCGGUACGGCCUCAGUGGGUUCCGGGCCCAAUACGAAUUACGGGCUGGCCCAAUGCUACGGGGACCUCUCGCUAGUGGACUGCGUUCUCUGCUACGCCGCGGCCCGUACUCUCCUCCCCCAGUGCUACCCAGGCAACGGUGGCCGCGUCUACCUCGACGGCUGCUUCAUGAGAUCCGAAAACUACACUUUUUUCGAGGAGUGGGCCGGGCCCGGAGACCGGGCCGUUUGUGGGAACGUGACCCGGAUGGGCACGGGUUUUCGGGACUCGGCCCGGCGGGCCGUGGAGCAAGCGGGUUCGACUGCGCCGGGUAAUAACGGGUUCGCGCGGGCCCGUGUGGGAGUACCCGGAUUUAGGAAUUUGUCGGUUUACGUUCUGGCCAAUUGCUGGAGGACGAUAGGGGAGCAGGCCUGCCGGGCCUGUUUGGCGAACGCGACUGAAUCGGUUUUGGGCUGUUUGCCGUCGACUGAGGGCCGAGCCCUUAAAACAGGCUGUUUCGUGAGGUAUUCGGAUACGGAUUUUCUUAAUCCCGUGGCCGUGAUUGGGAGCUCGAGAGGAAGGAUUAUAGCUAUUGUGGUGGCAUCUGUUAGUGCAGUAGCUGUUUUGAUAACUGGAGCUUAUAUUGGAGUUUACAUUUGGAAGAACAAAGUGAUUGAGAAGAAGAGAAAAGGUGAUGCACAUAAACUGGUGAAAACUCUUCAUGACAGCAGCUUAAACUUCAAAUAUUCGACCCUCGAAAAAGCAACCGGUUCUUUCGACCCAGCAAACAAGCUCGGGCAGGGCGGGUUCGGGACAGUCUAUAAGGGAGUUUUACCGGACGGGAGAGAAAUUGCCGUCAAGAGGCUCUUCUUCAACAACAGGCACCGAGCGGCUGAUUUCUACAAUGAAGUCAACAUUAUAAGUAGCGUGGAGCACAAAAACUUAGUCCGGCUGUUAGGGUGCAGCUGCUCGGGACCCGAAAGCCUUCUCGUUUACGAAUUCUUAUCGAACCAAAGCCUCGACCGUUAUAUUUUCGAUCCAAUCAAAGGUAAGACAUUAAACUGGGAGAAAAGGUUCGAUAUAAUUAUAGGCACGGCCGAGGGCUUGGUUUACCUUCACGAAAACACGAAUGUAAGAAUUAUACAUAGAGACAUUAAGGCAAGCAAUAUCCUCUUGGACUCGAGAUUAAGAGCGAAAAUCGCAGAUUUUGGGUUGGCCAGGUCUUUUCAAGGAGAUAAGAGCCACAUAAGCACAGCCAUAGCAGGAACAUUGGGAUAUAUGGCCCCGGAAUACCUAGCACACGGUCAGCUAACAGAAAAGGCCGAUGUCUACAGCUUCGGUGUUCUUCUAUUCGAAAUCGUCACAGGUCGGAUGAAUAACCGAAGCAAAAACUCAGAGUACUCGGACAGCCUUAUAUCCAUAGUGUGGAUUCAUUUUCAAGAAAACUUGGUCGAAAAGCUACUCGACCCGAACCUAAUGCAGCACAAUUACAACAACAUUAAUAUAAAAAGGGAAAUGUUGCGUGUGAUCCACGUGGGGCUCUUGUGCACGCAAGAAAUCCCUUCUUUGAGGCCAUCAAUGUCGAAGGUUUUACUAAUGCUGGUGGAUAAAGAGGAAUUACCCCCACCGAGUAAUCCUCCUUUCAUGGAUGAGAAAACCAUGGAACUAAACGACUCGAGUGGAAAUACAUUACUACCCCUUGACUGCAGCAAUGGAGACUCGGUUGCUAAUAUGUCACAUAGUAGCAUUUACUAUCCCAGACAGGGGCAAAUCGGUGAAAGAGGGCCUGUCUCUGACGGCAGACCGGGCCGGUCUGAGAAUGGACCGGGAUUUCGGGGGUCGCCCGCCGGCCGGUUAUGGAGGGAAGAGUGA